CUAUUGGAAUGCGGUGCCUGCGCUCGCGCAACCAGUCUUUCGUUUGACCGUGUCAGAGUACGCCACGCAGCGUUUUUCAGGAGUAUGUGUUAAUUUCUGUAACUGAAGUGUGUAAAGUGUAUUGUGUCCUGUGUUUGUGUUAUGACGUGCUUCUGACGGGCUCAAGAUACAGGAACUCAACCCGAUGGCGGGUCCCGGGGGGGAGUGGAGCGCGGGCGCGGCGGUGUGGUUCCGGCCGGCCGGCGCGCCCGCCCCGCUGCCCGGCGAGCUCGUCGAGGUGCACCGCGCCGCCCGCGUGCUGCUCGUCAGUGCUGUUGGACCGCAGCCCCAAACCUACGCUCUCCAGAUGGGCAACGGGGAGGAGGAGGGAGACCAGGUCUGGCCGCGGGAGGAGCUCGGGCCCACCGGUGUGGAGGACAUGACCAGACUCCAUGACCUGCACGAGGCUGCUCUGCUGUGGAACCUCAAGCUGCGAUACGAACAGGGCCUGAUAUACACGUACGCGGGGUCUAUAUUAGUAGCAGUGAACCCGUACCGACCGGUCGAUAACUUGUACGGGUUGCAGACUGCUAGAAGGUACCACGCAGCUGAAGCGCUAGGAGAUCUGCCGCCCCACCUCUUCGCGAUAGCGGCAGCCGCAAGGUCCUCCCUACCCCAUCCGCAGGCCAUACUCAUAUCCGGAGAAUCUGGAGCCGGGAAGACCGAGUCCACUAAACUCGCCGUCCAGUUUUUAGCUGCAGUAGCCCCUGCCCCACCUGGUCGAGCACCCGUAUCAGAACAGAUUCUAGAAGCCGCACCUUUGCUGGAAGCAUUCGGGAACGCAAGAACGCCAAAAAACCAUAACUCUAGUCGUUUCGGUAAAUUAUUAGAACUGUAUUUCAAAGAUGGCGCCCUAGCCGGCGCAAGGGUCGCGCACUAUUUGCUCGAAAAGUCCCGAAUUGUAACGCAAUCGCCUGGUGAAAGAAACUACCAUGUCUUCUACGAGUUGCUGGCUGGUUUGGACGAGGAGCAGAGGAAAUCCAGAGGGCUGUUAACAGCAGAGCACUACUUCUACUUGAACCAGGGUGGGGACUCCGGCGGGGCGGGAGCCGGCGCCGACUGGUCAGCUCUAUGCGGUGCCAUGCAAGUUCUCGGUAUAGGAGAUGCAGAGAGGGAAGACAUUAUCAAAGUCCUAGCGGCAGUUCUGCAUCUGGGCAACGUGUACUUCCACAGACGACAAUUAAGGCAUGGCCAGGAGGGCGUGCAGUUAGGAGGCGGGGCCGAGGUACGCUGGGCGGCCCAUCUACUCAAAAUACCAGCAGAGGAGUUGGCGCGAGCAUUAACGACAAGGGUGACAGCAGCACGCGCUGAACUCAUGCGCUCACCCCUCCCAAUAGACCAGGCGUUGGACGCCCGAGACGCGUUCGCCAAAGCCCUCUACUCGUCGUUAUUCAACUGGCUGGUCCUCCGAAUCAACUCGAUAGUCCACCGCGGUGGGCUACACGACGCGCACAGGAUCUCUCUCCUCGACAUCUUCGGGUUCGAAGACUUGGAAGAGAAUUCAUUCGAGCAGCUGUGCAUUAACUACGCGAACGAAACGCUGCAGCAUUACUUCAACAAGCACAUAUUCAAGCUGGAGCAGCAGGAGUAUCUGAAGGAGAGGCUGGAGUGGUCCAACCUGACGUGGAACGACAAUUCUCCAGUGAUCCAACUCCUAAGCAAGAAGCCGGUGGGCAUCCUGCACCUGCUGGACGACGAGAGCAACUUCCCCCGCGCCUCAGACGCCUCGUUCCUCGAGAAGUGUCACUACAACCACGCACUCAACGAGCUGUAUUCCAGACCCAGGCUGGGGGCUAAUGAGUUUGGGGUAAAACACUACGCGGGGCAAGUGUGGUACAACGUGGAGGGUUUUCUCGACAAGAAUAGGGAUGCGCUGCGCGGCGACGUGCUCGAGUUGCUCUGCAGUAGUGAGGUGCCGCUUGUCGCCGAAAUGUCGAUACAACUGCGAGCACAACACGACGCGAAUAAGACUCUUCCCAGGGGGGCCAACGGAAGAUUCGUUACUAUGAAGCCGAGAACGCCUACUGUUGCUGCCAGGUUCUCCGACAGCCUCCACCAACUCCUAGAAUCCAUGUCGCGCUGUAACCCGUGGUUCGUCCGCUGCAUCAAGCCGAACACCGACAAGUCGCCCAUGAAGUUCGACCUGCCAUGUGUCCUGACACAGCUGAGAUACACCGGCAUGUUGGACACUAUCCGGAUACGACAGAUGGGAUAUCCAAUUAGGAUACCCUUCCAGAACUUCGUGGAUAGAUACAGAUACCUGUUAAAGUCAACGCCAGCUAGAUCCACCCCCUACAGGGAGAUCUGCAACUCUAUUCUAGCUGAGAUGCCACCUACUGGAGCCAGCGGCGCUGACUACCAGCUGGGCGCGGCACGAGUGUUCAUCCGCGAAGCGCUGCACAGAGCUCUGGAGCGCAAACGCGCGGACAAACUGCGGUCUGCUGCCACGCUGCUACAAGCCAGGACUAGGGGAUAUCUCGCCAGGAAACGGUACACCGAACUCCGGGGCUCCGCCGUCCGUAUCCAGUCAUGGUGGCGCGGUGCUCGCCAACGUCAGCGGUUUGUGACGGUACGGCGCGGCGUCGUGCGUGCGCAGGCGCUAGUACGAGGACGCCGCGCGCGCGCCCGCGUGCAAGCACUGCGGGAGCAACGACGACGCAAGUUGGAGGCGCACGCGGCUGCGGCUAAACGUCGCGCCGCAGAGCGUCGCGAGGCAGAGAAAGCUGAGAAGGUGAAAGCAGAAACUUUGCAAGUGCUGGAGGUGCCGGCUGAGCUCGCUUUCCUGCUGUCAAAACUAGACGAAUACCAGCCGCCACAUACUGACAAGCAUAUUACUAAAGUAUCGGGCGACGUGCACGCUGAAGAAGAGCGCGUGUCCCUACCUCGUGAUUUGCAGCAGUUUGCGUUCUCGAAAUAUAGCUCCGUAUACUUCGCUGACGGUGGGCAGCUCAGCCCGCGCAAACAUCCCAUCACCAAGCCUUUCCUGUCCAAGGCUGCAGUCAGGGAUCAAGAUUUCAAUGACGCUGUAGCAAUAUUCAAGCUUAUCCUACGAUGGUGCGAUGAAACCGCUGCAGGCAAUGAAGCUAGACAAAAGGUGGUUGCUGACUACAUAGCGUCCCGUGGUAUCCAGUCCCGCGGGUUGCGCGACGAGAUCCUGGUGCAGCUGUGCAAUCAGUCAACCAGUGACCGCGCGUUGCGGCUGUUGGCUCACUGCCUCGCCGCCUUCCAGCCCACACCGGCGCUGCACAAGUACUUAGUACGUCUAAUUUCGGAGCGUGCUAACGGUACAAUGCGUGCGCGUCUACUGCGUCUGGUAUGCGGCGCGGACGCUACUGCGGCGCGCGCGGCGGGCGUCCCGCGACGGACUCCGCCCACUUUGCUUGAAUGGCGCGCUGACACCACGCGUCCUGCGUUACAGCUGCGGUUGUAUGAUGAUACUGUCCACACUGUGUGCGUUGAGUCGUGGACGACGUGCGAGCGCGCCGCCGCGGCUGCGUUGUCCGCUGCGGGCGUCACACGGAAUGCCAGCGGCUGGUCGCUGACACUGGAGCACAAUGGACAAGUUACUGAAUGGGCGGGUUGCGAGUACGCUCUAGACGCCGUAGGGGAAGUGGAGACGUGGAGCGCGCUUGGCGGGCGUUCGGAACCGCUGCGGGCGACCGCGCCGCGCGCCACGCCCCCCGCGCCGCCGCCGCGAGCGUCAUCCGUCGACAGCGAGAGAGCUACGAGACCACAGGUCCCACCACCGGAACCACCAAAGUCUCGUUCGCCGAGCAUACAUCACAUCCUCGAGGAACCCAUCGAAGAAAACGAAUCGGAAUACAACUGGAAGAUGGAGCGGGAGCGUCCACCACCCGUUACAAAACACACCAACGAAUAUUCUAGAAAGAUAUCCCACGAUAUACUAUCACGAGAAUCUGCUUUGAACGAGCGCUACUUCGAGCAGACCUCCGACAAAGUCCGCAGUAGAUCGCUCGAUAACCUGCUAGGGGACAACCCUGCGCCGCCACCGAACAAGCUAGCUGAUCUAGGGCUGUCACAAUCAAGGUUAAACGAUCGGUAUCACUCGGUGGAGCGUCUGGGGGCUCCAAGUGUGACUAGCAGUAAGAUGGAAGGGGACUACGGUACGGGGUCCCGGGCUCCGCCCUCGAGAUAUAUUAAGUCGCAGUACGCUGGCAAACGCGCGCCCGCCGGCUCGCAGUCGAGUCGCGCGUACAUUGAGAAGAGCUCCGAGUUUGGAGGCGUCAGGUCAUCGGCAAUGUCUGACACGUCCGAAGCGCCGAGCCUGGCGUCGCACGUGCGUCGCGUCCGCGUGCCGUCGCAGGCGUCCGACGUCGACCAGUUCCUCGACGACUUGUUCUCGCCCGUUCUCGACCCGAAUAUUGAUGAACUGUCAGACGCUAGAUCCCUCGCUGCCAGCAUCAAAGGCGGUGGAAGCGACCACAGAAAUGGCUACAGCGGCUUCAUAGAUAAUAUCUUAAACUGCACGUAUGACGACAACCUUAAACUAGACAGCGAGGAGGUUGCUAGGUUGAUCAAAGGAGGCGGCAAGGAGGAUAAAGGCAAGGCCAGCAGAAAAGUAUCGAAUGUCGAUUCCAUGGAUGACUACAUCACCAAUCUCUUUGAUCCGAUAUUUAUGAACGACAGCCUCAAACGUCUUACCGAUGGAGAAGGACUUACUGGUGCCAUAAAAGGAGGCGGUGUUACCCCAAGGUCAGCUUCGGCCAGCACAUCGGCUCUCAGUUUCGGGUCCAUGAGUAUGCCAACUUCCAUGCCGACUAUGCCCGCGACGCCCGAGGCCCUCGCGGCGGCGUUGGGUCUACAUCUACCCCCACCGGGCACAGUAGAUAUCAACGCUUACCAUCAAAACCUACAGAGGGCGUUCCUGCAAAACGCCAUGGCGCAGAAUUUGCAAAUACAACAGCAGUUGUUGGCUCAGAACCAAGCGCUACAGACUUUAUUGGCGGGACAAGUGGUGGAAAAUACGGACUCGGCCCCGACUUCUCCAGUACGAGCGUCGACUGUCGUCCACGCUCAAGUACACUCCCCGCCCCGUAAUGCGGCCAAAACCAGAAGGGAAUCGAACGAGAGCUUCUCAGCUGGAGCCCCGCCCCCUCCUCCGCCGCCCAUGCCUCCACCGCUUCACGCCAUGGACCCCGCUGAGGCUAGACCCUUCAUCGAUCUCUACGGUCGAGCAAAAACCGUCCGAAUAGGCAAGUGGAGGUGGCCUCCGCCUAAGGACGCUGCGGGAGAGGACACCCCCCAGGAUUUUUCUAAAUUCAAACUGAGACAGAUACAACGCAGGCACACUCCUCAGUCGCAGCCCAACGGCAUCGAGCACGAGCCCCCCAGAGGAAGAUCGCGCUCGGAGGCGUCUCCCGGAAUAGACUGGGAGGAGUUUGAGGUUGACGGCGUCAUCCCUGCUCACCGCGAGCCGCCGUCUCAGAGAACAGCGAGGCGCAGCUUUGAAAUCGGCGCCCAGAGACCUUCGCCCGGGAGCGUUGGAAAGCUUAAGCUCAGCUCUGAAAUGCGCCAAAGAUUGGAGCGCGUCACAGCCAACCAUUCAGUGCGGUCGUCGUCGUCGGCCGCCGACACUCCUCGCACUGUGAACAAGCUGGAGGACACAAGAAAGCUGAUGUUGGAACGUCAACUAGGAGGUGGGGCCAGAUGGGACGCUCCACCGCCGCCGCUGCCGCCAGCACCUCCCGGCCCGGCUCCUCCUCCCCCUAAGUCACCUCCCUCUCCUCCGGAAAAUCCGGCCCCACCCCCGCCUAUACCCGACGCGUCGUCCUCGUUCGCUCAACUUCGUCGCGACAGAGACACUUUCGGUGUCCAUCAAAACAGGGAAGCCGAUGACCGACACGCCUUCCUGGCCAACUGGAACUCGCGACGAAAAGACGAGAACGACUCGUCGCAGGGAGACGACUUAGCUUCGCGUUUCUUGACCUCGGACAGACGAGAGCGAAGAAUAAAAGACGACUGGGGCGAGGAGUCGGAGUUGAGAAGCUACAACAACGAGCAGAUGGGACGCGACGAGUGGGACUCGGAGUCUGUCGAAAGACGAGACAUAAGGGACAAUUACUCGGGACGGGAGGCUUCCGAAAUAUAUGAGUUAAGGCCGCCGCGGGCUGAAAGAAGAAAGGGAGAGAACGAUAUGGACGACAACUUUGAAAGAAAGCGGUCUUCGAAUAUGUACGACGAUUUUGAGCGGUACGAUGGUAGGAAGAAUUCUCGGGACAUGCUAGUUGGCCACGCGAGAGACAGUCCGCGAUCGGAGGUCUCUUUCCCUCCUGAAACAAACGAUACUCUGAAAAGGAACGACCGGCCGACGUUCAAGACUCACAUGGCACAGAAAGAACGAGAAAGAAAGAUAGAAGCUGAGCGACGUCAAUCGGUCUCCACACAUUUGUCUGAUAAGACUGAGCAAAUCGAUAGGGACGUACCGGCACCAGCCGCGCUUUUACCAUCAGCAGAUCGCGCCUUUAUCACGUACGCCCGAGUGCCGUGGAAGAUCAGAGUGAGGAAAGAAGUAUUUACACCAUUAGAAAAUUACAACGACCCCGCCAUAUUGGAUCUGUUGUAUGCCCAAAUCGUAUACGACAUAACAUCAACGGCGCCAUCUAUACGCAUGACGGCGAGCGAGAAACGCGCGGGCGCCGCGUGGCUGCGGUCACAGAACGGCCCCGUACGCGCUGCGACCAAACGCCAGGCCGUCGAAAUGGCCAGAGAGUGGCCCUUCUACUUCGCUAGACUGUUCACUGCUAGACUACCACCAGGGGAAAAUGCCGUGUUAGCCGUCUCACAUAACGCUGUCACUAUUGGUGUUAAAGGUCCCGGCGGCAUGUGCGUGCGGCGUUCGCUACCGCUGAGCGGUCUGCGCGCGAACGCGGCGGCGCCGGGCGCACUACAGCUGACGCCCGCUCGCGACGCGCCGCUGACGUUGCACGUGCCGCUCGCCGCGCACGCGCACGCGCUCAUCGCCGAGUUCGCGCUGCAACACUCGCAGAUCCAACCGAAACCGACGAUGAACGGCGUGUCGAACAGCAAGGAGCGCUUGACGGACGAGACGAGGGAGAGAGAAUCGAGAGACACCCGUGACACGCGUGACACCCGCGACACACGUGACACCCGCGAUACUCGUGACACCCGCGAUACUCGUGACACCCGCGAUACACGUGACACCCGCGAUACACGAGACUCGCGCGAUACGCGUGACACUCGAGAUUCGCGCGAGUCGCGGGAUUCGAGAGAGAUGAGGGACUCCCGAGACGAGGACCGUAUCGAGAUGAGGGAGAGACGAGCGGCGACCUCGUCCCCCGUGCCACGAGACCGAGACAGCCGAGACCAGACCCUGCCACACGAUGGCCGGCACCCGCUGCUGCAGUUCGCCGUGGACCACUUCCGACAGAGCCCCGAACUAGAGAUCCUAAAAGCCGACUCAUCGCUGAAGAGUAAAGCAAAACGCAACGAAUGGACAUGGAAGGCUCAAACCGACGUGGUGAAAUGGCAGAGCACGCCGCUGAGAGCGCCGCUCCUGCGCCUGCCCGCCGCGUUGGCACCACCAGCGUUAGAGUGCUUCACGUGCGUGCGUGCGUACUGCGGAGACCUCACGCCGCCCGAGAGAGCGGUCCAUCAGGACUUGACGGAGGUUAAAUGCGUCUACACGGUGCUGAUGCACUGUCACUCUGUGCCGGAGCUGCGCGACGAGGUGUACUGUCAGCUGAUGAAGCAGACCACCUCCAACCGGUCCGCCGCGCCCGACUCCUGCCAGCGCGCCUGGAGACUCAUGUCUAUACUAUCUGCUUACUUCACAUGCUCGGAGACGCUCAGGCCGUUCCUAGUGGAGUACCUGUCGGCAGCAGCGGCGGACCGGCGGCGGCCGUGUCAGGGCACGGCGGCGGUCUGCCUCGCCAAUUUCCGCAAGACGCUGCGGUGCGGCGGACGCAAGAACGUGCCUAGUGUUGAGGAGGUGACGGCGGUGUCAGCGGGCCGGUCGGCGCGGCGCCAGCUGUACCGGCUGCCGGGCGGCGCCGAGCGCGUCGUCAACACGCGCUGCGCCACCGUCGUGCAGGACAUCGUCGACGAGCUGUGCGCGCUGAUCGGCGUGACGUCAGCGGCGGAGCGCGCCGAGUUCUCGCUGUACUGCAUCGUGGCGGGCGACGCGCUGACGAUGCCGCUGGCGGGCGACGAGUACGUGCUGGAUGUGACGACGGAGCUGCAGCGCGCGCACCACCCCUUCUACCUCAUCUUCUGCCGCUCUGUAUGGCACCACCCGCUGCGGACCGACGCGCCGCCGCUCUACACCGAGGUGCUCUUCAACCAGGUCGCUCCAGACUACCUCGAGGGUCUCCUCCUAGUGCUACCAGGGGGCGGGGCGCCGAGCGCGGGUGCGGCGCGGGAGGCGGCGGCGGCGGCGGCGCUGCUGCACCGCGCGGCCGGGCUGGCGGAAGCGCCGCAGCCCCGCGACCUCAAGUUCCUGCUACCCAAGCCGCUGUUAGCUCUCCGCGAGCCGCGCGCCGCCAAGUGGGCGUCGUGGGUGGCGGCGGAGUGGCCCACCGCAAGGGCACUCUCCCCGCCUGCCGCUAAGGCUAGGGUUUUACAGAUCCUAUCCCGCUGGCCGCUGUUCGGGUCGUCGUUCUUCGCGGUGCGGCGCGUGGGGCCGGGCGAGUGGCGCGAACACGUGCUCGCGCUCAACCGCCGCGGCCUGCACCUGCUGCACCCGGUCACACACGAGACCGACACUCACUGGCCGUACAGCGAGCUCAUAUCGACCAGGAAGGUCCGAAGCGAGGACGGCACGCUAUUCCUGGACGUGAAGUGCGGGUCGCUGCUGCAGCAGCGCGUGACGCGGCUGCAGGCGGAGCAGGCGCAUGAGGUGGCGCGCCUCAUCCGACAGUACAUAGCGCUGCAGCGGGACCGCCGCGAAUCGCCAGAGUUCAGUAGUCAAUGAAAAUCAAAGAAUUUGACAAGAAAUUCACAAAGAGAUUACCUCCGAAGAAACAAUGACGUCCAUUGAAGAUCUGAUAUUUAUAGAAGCGACGCAGGGGCGUAACUGACUAAUGAAAAAGGGGCCCUGUACAUUGCCCUAGUCUAGAUGUUAGUGUUACCAACAUCCGUCCCUGCAGGAUUAAAAUGAGAAUAGGAUAUUUAGGAAACGAGUAGCAACACAGUUGUUUUCUAUUUUCAUUUUAGUCUCGAUUUUCGAGAACAAACGUUCAUAUAAUUGAUAAGGUUUAUUUAUAAUGUAUUAACAUGCAAUUUUAAACUUAUGUACAGUCAAUAAUUAAUGAAUAAAAUUAACACAGGAAUAAAUAAUUUUGCACUCUGUAAUAAUGGUAAUUUAAAUUGGCAACAUCGUGUUAUUCUUUUUUAAUGAAUUGUUUAUUAAAUGCCACAAAAUAUCAUCGUCACAAUAGUAUUUUUAGUGCUUAAAUACCAAAAUACAUAAACUCUUACUUAUAACGAAUAAUAUUUGUGUAGGGUUUUAUCGAGGGUUUGUUGUCAUCACAAGUUUGUUGUAAAUGUAAUAUUGUAACGCUCACAUUCCAAAUGCAUGUUUAGUUGUAGAUUUUGUUAUCGGAAUUCGUAUUAUGUUGUCUAUAGUAUCGUUAUUUCCGUGAACAAAAUAUAAUCUUUGAAUUUCGAACAAUAAAAUAUAGGUUUUAUGUGAAAAUGUCUAUGGUCCGGUAUCUAUAGAGGUGCUAUUACUAGUUUUACUUUUUAUUCUUGUAAGUGAAAAAAUAAUAAAAAUAUUUAAUUAAUUGAGUAGAAAAAUAUCGGUAUUUUAAUAUAAAAUUUUACUUCUGGUGUCAUUUUCUAGUACUUAAUUGUUAUUCAAAUCGUCCAAAGACCUGAGCGGUCGGAGUCAUGUUGUAUUGUUGUUUAUGUAAUAUAUUAUUAUUUUUAUAAAACAAUCUAUUAUGAGAAAUGUAUUGUAGAUACCAAUAAAGGAAAUAUUUUAUUA